AUGUUUGUUAAAAAUAUGGAUACUACUUUGUCGUCAUCUUUGAAUGGUGGUGAUUUAGAUUCAACUAGUUCCGGCGGUGCCUCAUCUGAUAAUUCAACCGUUAAUCAGGAUAAUAUGCAUUCUCCCAUAUCAUAUGGAACACUAUUUCUGCCAAAUUCGGGUUAUCGUGGUAAUAUCUCCUGUAAAACAGUGUUACAUUUGGAUAAAUUCUCACCAUAUGCCACAGACAAGGAGCUGGAUCGUAGAUUUCAUGAUAUAACCAAUGAUUAUGAUAAAUCUCCGCCACCUACAGCCACCGCUUCACCCAUUUAUCCCAGUCUAAAUGGUAUAAUAUUUGAUAGUGGGGUUGGUGUGGGUUCUCUGCCAAGUGAUCUCAAUGGUAAUACGAAAAAUCUCAGCAAUAAUACCAUGAAUGUGGGCACAAUGUCUUUGGGGAAUAACCAGCAUGCGGCCACAGAUGCUUUGGGUAAUUUAAAUCGUACGGCAGCGAGUUUAAAUGGUUCGGGUUUAUUGACGAACAUAACAGGUUCGCAUAAUAAUGUGGGAAAUAUACAAAUGGAUCGUAAAUUUUUGCAAUUUACCACAGAUCAGAUACAAUGCAUGUGUGAGGCCUUACAGCAAAAGGGCGACAUUGAUAAACUCACCACAUUUCUGUGCAAUCUACCCGCCUCGGAGCUAUUCAAAAACAACGAAAGCGUUUUACGAGCACGCGCCAUUGUUGCCUACCAUCGCGGCCAGUAUCAUGAACUCUAUAAAUUAUUGGAAUCCCAUUGUUUUUCCAUGAAACAUCAUGCUGAUUUACAAAAUUUAUGGUUCAAAGCUCAUUACAAAGAGGCUGAAAAUGUCAGAGGUCGCCCACUGGGCGCUGUCGAUAAAUAUCGUUUAAGAAAGAAAUAUCCUUUGCCCAAAACAAUUUGGGAUGGCGAGGAGACGGUGUAUUGUUUUAAGGAGAAGAGUCGUAAUGCUUUAAAGGAUUGCUAUCAGACAAAUCGUUAUCCCACGCCGGAUGAGAAAAAAACAUUGGCCAAAAAGACCGGCUUGACGCUGACACAAGUAUCAAAUUGGUUUAAGAAUCGAAGGCAGAGGGAUAGAACGCCACAACAGAGACCUGACAUUAUGUCUGUACUGCCUGUUCAGCAACUGGAUCCUAAUGGUUUUCCUCGUAUGUUUAAUGCUCCAAGUUAUUAUCCCGAGACAAUAUUUAAUGGUCAAUAACAUUAGUUGUUAGAUGUAAAUUUAUAUAAUUUU